GCAAACAGCAGCGUAAGUCCAUCUAGUAUUCCUUCUGUCCCCCCUGCCACAAGCAGCGCAAUCAUAAAUCCCAAGCCCAUUGCCUCACACCAAUCGCUCAAGUCUGGAAACUCAGAGCAAAUCCCCAUUAGCUGCUAGCACUACCCCUUUUCAUUUUUUGACUCAGUUUGACUAGGUGACUGCAUUCCUCGAGGAAACUUUGCACACCCACUCAUCUCACCACCAAGUACUUCUUGUUGUAAAAUGGCCCUCAAGAAUAUCCUAGUUCUCUCCACCUUCGUUCAAUUGGCUAUCAGCGCGGCUGCGCCCAGCUCAGGCCACCCGACCAGAUUUUCAGUCAGAGCACUAGCACAACGAUCCAAUAGUGCGGAUGCGCCGAGCGUUGCCCUGGUUAAACCGGCUGACACGUCCUCGGAUGAAUCAAAGUCCACUACGCACUCGCAAACGGACGGCUCAUCGGCUCCGAAAGCUGCCGACGUGCGACCCACGACAAAAGCUACGGACACACCACCCGCCUCCAAAGGUGCUGUCGAUGGAUCCUCCAUGGCUAUAGGCACCGAGGGGUCAUCCAAGGCCACCGAGGGGUCACCUUCCCCUAAAGCCACCGAAGGGACAUCUGCCCCGAAGGCAGUCGAAGGACAACCCGCGCCAAAAGCCGCUGAUGCGGCGCCGAAGACUGCUGACGCGACACCGAAAGCCGCUGACAUACCCCCGCUAAAGUCUGCUGAAGUGACACCAAAAGCUGCCGAUGCCGCACCGAAGUCUGCUGAGGAGGCACCGAAAGCUGCCGAGCCCGCACCGAAAGCUGCCGAGUCCGCACCGAAGUCUGCUGAGUCGGCGCCGAAAGCUGCUGAUGGAGUCCUACCGGCCUCCAAAGCUGCUCCGGUUGUGACCACUAACAGAGUUUCAAACGAAGUCGUCCACACCAACACAACUUCGAAUGAAUCGACAGCCAGCAAAGACAAUUCAGCUCAGAAAGUCGCAGGGACUUCUCCCGCCGGGCCUAAAUCUCGCGAUUCUCCGGCAGGUACGACGACAGUAGUCACCAACAAAGUAAGCAAUGAGGUGCUUACAACAAAUAUCGCUCCGAAUGAAUCGGCCGCCAAGGGAAAUUCUGCUCCGAAGGCCGAGGGAAGUCCGGCUGAAGCACCCAAGGGGGCCAAAACAAGCGCGUCGCCUGAAGAUUCCAAAGCGUCUUCUACAGGACCUCAAUCCCAUCCACCCAGCCCAGAGAAAGCACCCGAUACGGCCUCAAAGGGAAUCGACGUUGCUGUAAAGGCACCCAAAGCAUCUGACUCCUCUACCCCGAAAACUGUCGAUAUCAAUGUUAACAAGGAAAGUCCAGCAUCUGCCACCCCUCACGAAGCCUCAGAUACGACACCAAAGGCAACAAGCGAUGUCACGCACGGUACCAAAGAAUCGGGCUCAACAGCUCCUAAGUCCGUUGAUGUGACCAUUGGCAAGCCGGCUUCAACCUCGGACGCAGCGCAAAGCCAUUUGGAGGGCUCUGCAAAAUCCGCCGACGUUUCAACGGCUUCCACCCAUGCGGGGCCCGAAGGGGAGUCGCCUAAGAAGGUCCAAGUGAACAUUGGCAAACCAGCUUCCGAUGACUUGAAGUCCGAUUCGGAGACCUCCUCUCAUACAUCUCCGGCUGGUUCAACUCCAGACAUCAACAAAGCGGGUACCUCCUCCGAUUCCGCAGGAGCUAGCGCUACCAGUCCGCAGAAGACCGAGCCUCAUUCAAUGAAACCUAUGAACGAUGUGCUUCAUGACAGCGACGAUUCAACUGAUUCGGACCCUAAGAAGCAGGACAAAUCGAAGGCCAAGGAUUCCGAACCCGUCCCUCACAAUGGCCCUCAGUCAAAAGAUUCUCCCGCCAUCCGUGCUAAGGAAAACAGCGGCUCGUCGUUGUAUCAACAAGCCCAGAGCAACGUCUUGGCAGCCUCGGUCUUGGCCGGCAUUCUUGUUUGGAUAGCUUAGCAAUCGCCUGAGCGAUGUUGUUUUUCAUUUGUGUCCCCUUCUGAAUUAUUGUAGCAGUAGACGUGACGCGAGCAAAUUUCAUGAGUCUAUUCAAAUCUCUUCCCUAUAUUGAAAUUCAUAAGCACUGGCGGCUAUAUCCCUCAUAACAUCUUGCCUUUCCC